UGCGGCCACUUCCUCGUCGCCCGGCUGCGCGCUCGGGAGGCUCUGGCGGCCGCGGGGCGGGGCGGGGCAUUGCGCCGAGCGGCUCUGCCUGCGUCCGCUCGUCCGACGGCCAAGGGUGGGCGCAGGUCCUUGAAGACGCGCGGCUGCGAACCCGGCAAAAAGAAACUUUGGGCCUCCCCGAGUGUCGGCUGGCGGGGCGUUCGGUUGGGUUUUCCUGCGUGGUCUUGAGGCUCAGCCGCUCCAGGAAGCGCGAUGUCGAAGCCGCCACCCAAACCGGUCAAACCAGGGCAAGUUAAAGUGUUCAGAGCUCUUUAUACGUUUGAACCCAGAACGCCAGAUGAAUUGUACUUUGAGGAAGGUGAUAUUAUCUACAUUACUGACAUGAGUGAUACCAACUGGUGGAAAGGCACCUCCAAAGGCAAGACUGGACUCAUCCCAAGCAACUAUGUGGCUGAGCAGGCAGAAUCCAUUGACAAUCCGUUGCAUGAAGCAGCAAAAAGAGGCAACUUGAGCUGGUUGCGAGAGUGUUUGGACAACCGAGUUGGCGUUAAUGGCUUAGACAAAGCCGGAAGCACCGCCCUGUACUGGGCCUGCCAUGGGGGCCAUAAAGACGUAGUGGAAGUGCUGUUUACUCAACCAAACAUUGAACUGAACCAACAGAACAAGUUGGGAGACACAGCUUUACAUGCUGCUGCCUGGAAAGGUUAUGCGGAUAUCGUCCAGUUGCUCCUGGAAAAAGAUUCUUCAGAAACACCUGAUGUGCUUUUCUUGUGUUGGGGGAAAGGUGCAAGAACAGACUUAAGAAACAAUGAGAAGAAGCUGGCCCUGGAUAUGGCUACGAAUGCUACCUGCGCAUCUCUCCUGAAAAAGAAACAGGGCACAGAUGCUGUUCGAACAUUAAGCAAUGCCGAGGAGUAUCUUGAUGAUGAAGACUCCGAUUAAUUCCCUUCUGGAGCUUGGAGAUCUAAAACCUCUGUUGCUUUUGCCAUUCCAAAACCUUUGUCUUUGCCAGAAGAGUGUUGGUAACUGUUUUUGUCUUUUUUUUUUUUUAAGUCUUUAUGAACGUGGAAGUAUUGCACUGUGUUUGAGUCGAAUGUGUUUGGGUAGGUUUUCACCUUCAGUUUGCCAAUAAGUGACUGGAUACUUUGCUGUAUAAAGUACAUUUUUGUUCACCAGAGUAGAACAAGAAGAGAUUAUUUCUAUUUAUCAAGUUAAAGGAAUUAAAAACUUUUUUUUCUUUAAAGAAAAAUCAGAAUGGUUUUUGGUUUUUUGUUUGUUUUUUUAGUUCUUACCUCAAGGAUUGAAAUAUUUCAAGUGGAUUUUUCAAGGGGGAGAUGCUUGUUAUAUAUGAACCAAAAGACUUAACAGAAAAUCGUCAGUUAUUCUGACAAAAAUAAACAUUUUAAGAGACUGUAUUCCUUUUGUCUGUGUUUGUGGUAUCACUAUUUGCUGGUAAAUAAAGCUCUUUAUAUUUAUAUUUA